AUGGCCGUAGAAGCUGCUCGCUGUUACAACGGUCCAUUUACUGGACAGCCCAGCGACUUCAGGAUGCCCUCGGCCGAGUACUCUGACCUCGAUGAAUCCUCCCUCGCCACCCCUUCACCGUACGGACAUGCCUAUGCUCCGUACCAGCAAGGUUGCUACUCUGAUCCGCCUGAAGGACACUACUUCGUUCCGGGUCCUCCGACCGGACUCUACCCCCCGUUUGACAACCCUGGGCAGUUCUACCAUCAGCCGUUGGAACAGGUCUGGGUCCCACCUCCCGAUUACCCUUCCUACCCUACCGGUCAUCCUCCAUUUCCGGCAAGUUCUUCCGCAAAUUCUUCAGACGAGGGCGAGCUCGUCUAUCCUACGGAACAUCUACCUGUCCAUGCGCCUGUCCCGGUUCAGUCAGGUUUCCAGGCACUGCCCUCACCUGAACCCUGGCGCGGUCAGGUCCCCGUCUCCGCGGGCAUUCUUCCAGUGAUGCAGCCGGCGGAGGGCGAACGAGACCACUCGGGUCCUCUUUCUCCACUAGCCCGAUACCAAGGCGUAUCGCACGGAGUAGGGUUAGACCCUGUUGACCCUGUCAACUUCAAUACGUUUCCAACCCCAAGUGAAUUACUUACGGACUUGACGGCGAGGGAAGCCGCCGUGCAAGCUCAUACUGAAUUGCCGGAACCUGCCGGCGGCGCGAAGGUGGAGACCCAGAGGAAGGCGCGACAAAGGGUUGUCGCUGAAAACGUUGGUUUCGUGCCUACUGACCCGGACACCAUCUCCUCUCAUGACAAGAAGCGCCAUUACCUGGAGUGCCUCGAGCAAUACGUACUGUAUCUGCACGAGCAAUUCAGGCUGCUGGGGCAGGAGCCGGUUCAACUGGAGAGAGUCUCGACAUAUCGAGGUCUUAGCAGCCGAUCGAUCAGGACGCUGCUAGUUCACAUGCAAGAACAGCUGCGAAAGCAUCACGAUCGGACCCUGGAAGAAGAACAAAUCUUCGGUGACCUCCGAGAUUCUCUACGGGCGCAAGAGGCUGCAGCUGCAGCACAGCAGUUCAGGCGUCGUUCCGCGCCUUAG